AUGUCGCGAGCUGACUACUUAUCAAAGUACCUUCUGGGAAGCAAUGACGAUGACUUAAAGAAAAAGUCGUCGAAAAGGAAAAAAAAGACAACCAAGGCGAGUGAUUUGCUGAACCCUUCAUCGAAUCUCAACAUCGCCAAGCCGUUUUUCUCACCGCCAUCCUAUUCAUCUACUCGCGAAACAGACAGUCCCGAUGAUGUUAACCACGCUGGAGGAGAAGAAGAAGGAGAUGAUGAUGAUGAUGAAUCUAGACCCGUUGUCGUCAAGAUGAACGUGCGCGAAAACAAAGGCUUCAAACGAAUAGAUAACGGCACAGUAGUAUCCAAAUCGAGCACACGCGAUGAAGUCAUUAAACCAUCACCGCCCCCACGCAAUCAGGAUACCGUCUAUAGAGACUCAUCGGGGCGCGUGGUGGAUAUAGAGGAAGCCGCACGGGAGUUUCAUCAGAGGCAAGACGAAGCAAAACGACGUCGGGAGAAAACCGAGGUGCGCACCUUGAAACACGAUCAACUACAACAGGAAUCGCAUGAUUUCAAACAGCGACGAAACGGUUUGAAUUUCGAAGAUCCCGUGGCUGCGUUCCUGGAACAUGUGCAGGAGUAUGAGGACGAGGAUAAGCUGCGGUUCGUGUAUAACAAGGGGAUCAGCCCGCCCAACAGAUUCGAUGUGCCUGCUGGGUUCUUUUGGGACGGCGUGGACCGGUCGAAUGGAUUUGAGCUGUUGAUGUUGCGGAAACUCAAUGAGUCGAGCUACGAGAAGAUGAAGUUGAAGAUGGACAAGGAUUACGAUUUGGAAGAUCUUGAUUCAUAA